GAGCCUAAGAGGAGGCAGCUGGGAACGCUGCUCCAGCCCACGGUCAACAAGUUCUCCCUUCGGGUGUUCGGCAGCCACAAGGCAGUGGAAAUCGAGCAGGAGCGGGUGAAGUCAGCGGGGGCCUGGAUCAUCCACCCCUACAGCGACUUCCGGUUUUACUGGGACCUGAUCAUGCUGCUGCUGAUGGUGGGAAACCUCAUCGUACUGCCCGUAGGCAUUACCUUCUUCAAGGAGGAGAACUCCCCUCCCUGGAUCGUCUUCAACGUGCUGUCUGACACUUUCUUCCUGCUGGAUCUGGUGCUCAACUUCCGCACAGGCAUCGUGGUGGAGGAGGGUGCGGAGAUCCUGCUGGCACCGCGGGCGAUCCGCACGCGCUACCUGCGCACCUGGUUCCUGGUGGACCUCAUCUCCUCUAUCCCGGUGGAUUACAUCUUCCUGGUGGUGGAGCUGGAGCCACGGCUGGAUGCUGAGGUCUACAAAACAGCGCGGGCCCUGCGCAUCGUCCGCUUCACCAAGAUCCUCAGCCUGCUGCGGCUGCUCCGCCUCUCCCGCCUCAUCCGCUACAUACACCAGUGGGAGGAGAUCUUUCACAUGACCUAUGACCUGGCCAGUGCUGUGGUUCGCAUCUUCAACCUCAUUGGGAUGAUGCUGCUGCUAUGUCACUGGGACGGCUGUCUGCAGUUCCUGGUCCCCAUGUUGCAGGACUUCCCUUCCGACUGCUGGGUCUCCAUCAACCACAUGGUGAACCACUCGUGGGACCGCCAGUAUUCUCAUGCGCUGUUCAAGGCCAUGAGCCACAUGCUGUGCAUUGGCUACGGGCAGCAGGCCCCCAUAGGCAUGCCCGACGUCUGGCUCACUAUGCUCAGCAUGAUCGUGGGUGCCACAUGCUAUGCCAUGUUCAUCGGCCAUGCCACUGCCCUCAUCCAGUCCCUGGAUUCUUCCCGGCGCCAGUACCAGGAGAAGUACAAGCAGGUGGAGCAGUACAUGUCCUUCCACAAACUGCCAGCUGACACGCGGCAGCGCAUCCAUGAGUACUAUGAGCACCGCUACCAGGGCAAGAUGUUCGACGAGGAAAGCAUUCUGGGCGAACUGAGCGAACCACUUCGGGAGGAGAUCAUUAACUUCACCUGUCGAGGCCUAGUGGCCCACAUGCCGCUGUUCGCCCAUGCUGACCCCAGCUUCGUCACUGCGGUGCUCACCAAGCUGCGCUUUGAGGUCUUCCAGCCGGGGGACCUUGUGGUGCGUGAGGGCUCCGUGGGCAGGAAGAUGUACUUCAUCCAACAUGGGCUGCUCAGUGUGCUGGCGCGCGGUGCCCGGGACACCCGCCUCACCGAUGGAUCCUACUUUGGGGAGAUCUGCCUGCUGACACGGGGCCGGCGCACGGCCAGUGUGCGGGCUGACACCUACUGCCGCCUCUACUCACUAAGUGUGGACCAUUUCAAUGCUGUGCUCGAGGAGUUUCCCAUGAUGCGCCGGGCCUUUGAGACUGUGGCCAUGGAUCGACUGCGCCGCAUUGGCAAGAAGAAUUCCAUACUGCAGCGGAAGCGCUCGGAGCCAAGUCCGGGCAGCAGUGGUGGCAUCAUGGAACAGCACCUGGUACAACAUGACAGGGACAUGGCUCGAGGUGUUCGGGGCCUGGCCCCGGGCACAGGAGCUCGGCUAAGUGGAAAGCCAGUACUGUGGGAGCCACUGGUACAUGCGCCCCUGCAGACAGCGGCCGUGACCUCCAAUGUGGCCAUUGCCCUGACUCACCAGCGUGGCCCUCUGCCCCUCUCUCCCGACUCUCCAGCCACCCUCCUUGCUCGCUCCGCUCGACGCUCAACAGGCUCCCCAGCCUCCCCACUGGUGCCAGUUCGAGCCGGCCCUCUGCUGGCCCGGGGGCCAUGGGCAUCCACCUCCCGCCUGCCUGCCCCCCCCGCCCGAACCCUUCACGCCAGCCUGUCCCGGGCCGGGCGCUCCCAGGUAUCCCUGCUGGGCCCCCCUCCAGGAGGAGGAGGAGGUGGACGGCGGUUAGGACCUCGGGGCCGCCCACUGUCAGCCUCCCAACCCUCUCUGCCACAGCGGGCAACAGGCGAAGGCUCUCCUAGGCGUAAGGGCUCAGGAAGUGAGCGCCUGCCCCCCUCAGGGCUCCUGGUCAAGCCUCCAGGGACAGCACAACCCCCCAGGCCACCAGUGCCUGAGCCAGCCACCCCCCGAGGCCCCCAGCUGUCUGCCAACAUGUGAAUCCUUGGAUACACCCAGCCUUAGUUCUUGGGGUGCAGUAGUGUGUACCUGAGGGCAUAUGCCUCUUGGGGAAGACCAUGGGGACCUGAAACAUUGCCCUUUGGGAAUGUUUCCCUUUACUGCCACGAAGAUGAUCUCUGUGUCCUCAGUUCAAGCACCCUGUAGCCUAACAACCUAAUCCAUUCACCCAUCCAUCGUACAUACUGAGCGCCUACCAUGUUCAAGAUACCAAACCAGUGCUGUCUCCACUGCCAAGUAGAAGUGACUCAGUGCCCUCUGAUGAGGGUAUUCCCCUGGCCAUGGUCCUGCCAGGUGCAGGCCCGGGCCCAUGACCCCACCUUUACUAAGCACAAGUACUUGCCACUGCCAUCACUGCCAAGUAACUAGCCAUCUCUGUUUCCCUGCCAAUGAUCCUACAAGUUCUGCCCAGCGUGGGUAUCUUCCUGUCCCCCUAGUGUAGCCAGGCACUGUCAAUCACCUGUGCCCCCAUUGCUGCCAACAAAUGUCCUAGGUCCUGAGUGUGGGCAUCCACCUUUACCUUGUCACUGCCAUCCUGUCUAUACCCUCCAAGUGGUAACACUUCUGCCAAGUUCCCUGCAGUCUCUGUCUUGUGGUAGAACUGUCUUUUUAUAAAUGGAGAGCUGCCUCUUUCCUGUGCCCCCUACCCCAGUGGUACCUCCUUAAAGUUAAGGGAUAGAUGGCACCUCCUUACUUAGUGUGCCAGCCUAGAUUCUCCACCCCAGCUGGGGGAGGGGCAAAUGGCUGAAUCCUUAUGUGACACAUUUUUCUUUCCUUGUAUUUAUUCAUUCAGUAAUUUAUUAAUUGUAUUUAUUUAUCAUUUGCUAAUUUGUUUGCUAUCAGUUCAUUCGUUCACCCAUUACUUUCAUCAUCCCUCCCUUCCUGGUAGGGAGAUAGGAGAAGCAGGAGGAGGCAGGGCCCCUCCGUGCUAGCCCCUGUGGUCCUUGCCCAAAUCCAUCAGCAGCAAUACUUGAACCCUUACCCCAUUAGGUAGGGGCAGGAGGGGCCACUGAGAAGGGAGGAACGCUGCUUUUACCUUUAGGGUUUUUUCUUUUGAGUUUGCUGUUGGUGUGGGUGGAAGGGGAAGGCCCGAGGUUUCCAAGCCUGGGAAAGGGCAGGCCAGCCAGCACCUCUGCCUUCUCAGGGACAAGAGACAUCCUUCACCACACCCACUCUGUCCCAGCUCCAACUCUACAGCACUGAAGAAAGUGGGGCCAGGACCUCAAGUCUCCUUUCCUGCCGGGGGAGGAGUUCUGGGGCUCUUGGUGUGUGGGAGAAGUUUUAUAAUUGCUUCCAAACAGCUGGGUUUAAAAAGAAAAUAGAGACACUCA